UGUAAAUGCUAUUGUUAGCUAGUAUUGGAAAGUGCGACAUUAUAUUCCCGAUGUUGUAUUGUAGGGGGUAUUUACUAUCUUGCCGGUCCUAGUUGGUCUUUUCCUAUGUGCAGUUGAGCCGUUAAGGCAGCAAAAAAGAAACGGUACGCGUCCUCAACACCUUUUUUUUUAUUUUUUUUAUUAAUUCAGCUCAUCGACACUGCAGCUAUGGAAGUAUGUGUAGCAGUGAAUUUGACUACAUAUACAAUCGAUGUUGCCAGUGCAGUCGAUCCGUGUCUCAUCAAAGGUUGUAAACGUGGGUAGGUCCCAAUAGAUUGCAGUAUUGAUUGCUAGCUAAAAGUGUUUCAAAGUGGGAAGUGACUCUUUGUGGAGGAAUCUGAGGGAAAAAAUGAAAAGUUUACGGUUUCAUUAGUAAAUCGCUGCCGUUACACUAGCUUACCGUCAACUUUAGCUGCAGCAGGACACCGUCAAAACGGGGAAAUGAAGGCGCAUAUGUGCCAUGGAGGAACAGAAUGUAAUGGUAUUGCCCAUGAAUGAGACAAACACACAGACUCCUUCAGUUUUGCUCACCCCAGGCCGGUGCCCUCUGAGUGGGUCACAAAGAACUUCAAAGGGGAAGAGAAGAUUAUCCUGGUUGACCUUAUUACUGCCAACUCUGAUGUCAAUGUAGUUUUACAGCCUUAUUUCACUGAUAUUUGGAUUUGAUACAUCCAAGUGAUCCAGUGGAGCAUUUCUAGCUGGUUUGGUUGAAAAUACUCACCUGGCUCGGCUUAUUCAUGCCCGUCAUGAGUGUACCAGCCCAGCAGAAACCCAGCGCCAAGAGAACAGGCAAACGCAUAACGUUUUUCAACGAUCAAAGCCUAGGGAUGAAGGAGAGUUCUCAACACCCUGAGGGGUCCUACUAUGUCCCAGGUGGCACUGCCUCAGACCCCGGACAGAGCGAGGCUGCAAGAACUGUGACUUCCAAUCCAGAGGCCCCUCACAUGUACCUCAACUCUGUCAUCUUCAGCCCAGAUAAGGGUGACCAGAGCAGGGGUCAUUAUCAGCAGACUGUGCCUAUGAAAUGGGCCCACCAGGAGCCCAGUCAACAGCAGCCAUCUCUGUCCCAGCAGCACAGAGCUGCCUCCUGGAAUACCAUGACUAACUGGGGACAAAACUUUGCUAAUUACAUCGGAGGAGUUAAUGUACCAGACUCAAGGACCCAGAAUGCAUUUGUGAAGUCGAUGCAUGACACUUCUGGCUUACAGCCACAUCCGCAGGCCCCCACCAGAGCUGCAGACAAGCAGCCUCUGGGGCCUAACCCUGCAGUUGAAGUGUACAGUGAUGCUGUUAAGGCUCGGGGACUGGAUUGGGAUCAGCAGGAGCAGUCCCGGGUCUUUCAGGAGACCUUGAAACCCGGGGCACUGAACACCCAACAGCACAGCACAUCCCAUCUAGGAGGAAGCUCGGUCUUGCAGCCCUUCCAGUUGGCCUUUGGUCAGCCUAAGCAGCACCUGCCAGCGUACUACCAGACCUUUCAAGGCAACAGGACAACCCUACCUAACCCACCUAACUACUCAACACAAGCAAAACCGCCACACCAGUUGCAACAGAAGCAAGAGCAAAUCCAACGCCAGCAGCAACAACAUCACAUAAUCCAGCAGCAAAUUCAGCAGCAGCACCAUCAACAAAUGCAGCAGCAACAAAUCAUUCAGCAUCAACAGCAUCAACAGCACGUACAGCAACAGCUUCAGCAACAAGUACAGCACGAGCAGCAACAACAAAAGCUACAACAACAGCAGCAGCAGCUUCAAAUUCAGCAGCAAAUGCAACAUCAGCAGUUGCAACAACAAAACCCUCAUGUGCUUGACUAUUACCCCGGUGCACAAAAUGCCCACCCGCAUCCACAGCCUGUGGUGGUACACUCCCAGGAGUCCUGUGCUCCAGCUGCCCCAAAGAUCCAGGAACCAAUUAUCCAGGACAUCACCCCAGAACCCCAGCAGCCUUCAGAUCCGCUGCUGCCCCCACUCCAGUCUGAGCCCCUGUCCCAGUCCCAACCCCAGACGCUAUCCCAAACGCAGCUCCGCAGAUCACGACGGCUCUCAAAGGAAGGCGGCGCGCCAUCCGACAACCCUUUCCUCUCUGUCUCUUCGGACCAGGCUUCCCCGGGGCCGCAGGGCUCCCAGAACGGGGGCCUCGACAUCCAGGCAGCCCCAACAGGCGUCAUCCAGAGCACGCGGAGGAAACGCAGGGUCUCCCAGGAGGUCAACCUGGAGACCCUCGCUCAGAAGGCCUCGGAAAUGGAGUCUCUACCAUCACAUGUUUUAAAGGAGCCCCACAGGCCGUGGAGUCCCUCUGAAACGGGGGGUCUGAACGCCAAGCGGACUCGAGACGACAGCCUCCUUCCGCUUGUCAUCCCUGUGUCUGUUCCAGUGCGAAGGCAGGAACCCUACUCUGUCUCAAGAGAUGAAGCAGCCCUGGCCUCCAACUGGCCCCCCAGGCCUUUAAACCCCCAGGACCUCGGCUGUGCCGACCACAAGCCCUCAGUCAUCGUCACCCGGAGACGCUCACUCAGGAACUCCUUGUCGGAGAGCUCAGAGCAGAAAGGAAAAACUGAGGGGGAAAAACAGACGGCAAAAAGUGUAAACGGCUCCAACAACCCCCCAGAGCCCCUCGUUCCCCUUUUCCCCACCGAAAACCCCCUCUCCAUUCCCCCCUACCCCGCCCCGCAAACCUCGCCCAUCCCGGGCUCUGGCCCCUACUUCUCCAUUUCCGUUGCGCUGCGCCCCAGCCGGGGCCCCCACCUCCUGGGACACCCAAGUCACAAAACCGCCUUUUCGCUCCACAGCUGCGACAUCACACCACCAGUUCUGUCUGCGAUGGGCGAGGCCACGCCGGUCAGCAUAGAGCCACGGAUAAAUAUUGGGUCGCGGUACCAGGCCGAGGUGCCAGAGCUAAGGCAGCGGGCAGCUGUCGAGCUGGAUCACCAUCGAGCUGAGCUGGUCUGGGCUCCGCUGAAUGAACUGGAGGAAAAACCGGACUUCCAGCAGAAAGUGGAAGACCUCAUGCACCUGGCCUGCUCCAGUGCUUUGUGUGGAGGAGGCACCAACCAGGAGUUGGCCCACCAUUGUCUGUACGAGUGCAAAGGGGACAUAAUGGCCGCUCUGUCCCUCCUGCUGCUGAGGAAUCCAAUUUUCCCCAAGUCUCAUCCUAUUGCGAACUACCACUACUCAGGAUCAGACAGCUGGACCACAGCGGAGAGACGCCAGUUCAACAAAGGCAUCGCUGAAUACAAGAAGGACUUCUUCAUGGUACAGAAACAGGUGAACACUAAGUCAGUGGCGCAGUGUGUGGAGUUUUACUACACGUACAAGAAACAUGUUAAGAUCGGGCGCAACGGGACGCUCAUCUACGGCGAGGCGGAGCCGCUUGAGAGCAAGGCCGCUGAGGAGGAGACGGAUCACAAGGGCUCUCACAGAUUGGAGCCACAGAAGGAGGAGGACAGCAGGAAAUGGGAAGGGUCAGCUGACAGGAAACAGGAUGUCGGCCCCACCAGGGUGACGCACCCGCUGCAGGCCGCUGAGAAUCCUGGAACCGUCCUGAUCAUGAAAGGCCUGGAGGACGUGGGGAAGGAGCAGCCGCCGUCCUGGGUCAUCCACCCCCCUCAGCCACCCCCUCCCAGCUCCAAAGCUCGCAACGACAGCAACGCACGCAAGACCAUCCCUCCAACAGCCAACAAAGGCUCAGCUGGUCAGGAGGGCGAGUUCCCCUGCAAGAAAUGUGGCAGGAUUUUCUACAAGGUGAAGAGCCGCAGCGCCCACAUGAAGAGCCACGCAGAGCAGGAGAAGAAGGCGGCAGCGCUACGGCUGAAAGAGGCCGAGGAACGAGCCGCCGCCGCCGAGGCCGCCGCCGCCCUCGCCGCACAGCAGCAGAACGGGACGCGACAGUUGGGCGGAGACAGCACCAACGAGGAUUCGUCGGACGCGGAGGACGUGGACGAUGAGGACUGGCAGUAAGAGAGAGGCCGCACACAAUGACUGCACCGUGCAGCGUGGCUUUACUCUCUGGGACAAAAGAAGAAGAUAUAAAAAAGAAGACUCCCCUUCUGGGAACUGUGUAUUUUGUGAAACAAGACUUCCGUUGCUUGGCACAUUCAGGGACAGAUUUACUCCCAUGUAUGUGUUUGUGAAUGUAUGGACGAGUGUGUGUGUGUGUUUGUAACAAAAAGUGUCUAUGUGCUUUCCAAAACUCACCAACCCCUUGUCUAACCCCUUUACUCUGCUUGAAAAGCUUUUCAAGAGUUACCUCUCUUGGUCACAGGGCUCGGUCAAAUCAAAGCCAUGCCGCCUCUCUCGGCGCUCUCCAUGCCAGGCCGCCGCGGCCUUUCUCAGCACUUCGCAUCUCGCCCUGCUUCGUUCCACGGGCGAACAACUUGUUGGAUCCCUUUUUUUCUCUCUCUCUCUCGAUGAGCCACAGCACGCGCUUGCUUAAGCUGCAUCCCGACUGGAUGACGUUUUGGUGAUAGGAACACUGAAAUCUGACAGCUGGGGGAGCGCGGCGAGGCGAACCAACGGAGGGUCGUGCUGGUUUGUUUCUCCGGUCUUAGACCGAUGGAUGGUUCGACAGAUGGCAUGUGCAAACCGUUGCCUUUGUUUCGCCGCUCUUCUGCAUUCAAGGCUGCCAAAAGCUUUCGCAGACUCAUGAUGUGCAUCAAAUGGUCUCUCUCUCUCUCUCUCUCUCUCUCCUCUCUCUCUCUCUCUCUCUCUCUCUCUCUCUCUCUGUGAGCGUUGUUCCUUUGGGCUUAGUUCUGUGAAUCCCCCACCUCAGCCCUCGUCACUUUUUAUAGUUCCCAGUUUGUUCCUCACUGUUGAUGCCUUGGAUGUUUUGAUGCUUUUUAUCUGGAAAUGACAAUCAAUUUUACACUGUUGUUGUUUGUGUUUUUUAUAAAUAUAUAUACAGGUAAACGUUACUUUUUCUGCCUGUGUCGCUAUAUAUGGUUAAUGUUGUUUUUGUGAAUAUUCUUGUUGAUGAUUACUAUUAUUAUUAUUAUUAUUAUAUUCUAUCAUCCUGGUUUUCGCUGCAAUUUAAUUGAGCGCUUUUUCGUACUUGUCCAUAGCUUUUUUUUUUCUCUUUUUUUUUUAUUUAAACAAAAAACAAAAAUAAUGCUACUUGCUGCCUGUUUAUAACUGUGAGAUUCUUUUGGAAGCCAGAAAUGAAGUAAAGGCAGAAACGUAUGUGCAAUAGAACAAGUUGACCCCCUGUUACCAGAGUGUCCAAGUCCCACCCACCCACCCUUCUGCUUACGAUUGGCUGCUCUGGAUGCCUCGUUGUCAACCCUGUAAGUGAUAGGAGGUACUGACUCAGACUGUUGAAAACCGCAGGUCUCUAUAGAUACACACAACGAAGUGGGAAAGACAACAAACAGCACAAAUAAAUUCAACACCUGUUUUGAUAACAGGUAUCAAUGUUUAUGACAUGACUACCAUGACAUUUUAGCCAGAGUGAAUAAUUUGCUGAUACAGGCAUUAUGAGAGGCAGAAGAAUUCUUUACUGGAAACCAAACUUAACCCAAAUUUUGCAGGUUUUAAACAGGAGAGUUUAAAUGCAGAGAUAAAAGACUUUUUGCUUUUUAAAACCAGAAUAUCAAAUCUCACUAAAGUCUUUCCUGUCAUCAGUAAACAGACAUUAAGAGAAGCAAAAGCAUUAUUUACUGUAAACCAAACCUAACCCAUAUUUUGAAGGUUUUAACAUGAGAUUUUAAGUGCAGACACAAGACAUCCACUUUCUUUGAUUUUUAGAACCAUAUAUCUACAUCUAUAAUAUAUGUUCCCUACUUAGACAUUUCAGCUUGACUUUUUGUACACUUUCCCUCAGACUGUAAAUAUGUCAGUAAAUUAUUUAAGCUCAUCAACAAACAUGAAUUAAGAGACGCAGAAGGAUUCUUUUAAUAUAUACUUUAAUCAGAAUAGUGCAGGUUUGUUACAGGGGAUUCUGAGAGCUGUCGUGAGACUAAAAACCCCUGUUUGCUGAUAUUUGGGGACUCUAAAGUGAAACCUGUUUUUCCACAAAAUUCUGGAGAAUGGUUUCUCUCUUGUGUCUCAAAGUGUGCUGAGGUUGUUGACACUAACACGCUCUGUUGAAACCUUGACUAUGUGGGUCAGCAGUUUACUGAAGGGCAGCGUGACGCAUUUUCUAAAAACACAUUGGGAAAACUAUUACAUGAUUUAAUGGAGAAAAAAAAAGAUGUGUGAAUAAAUUUAAAAAUGUAAAUGCAGAUAGGGGCGGUAAGGAAAGAACAUCUGAGGUGGACAGACUGCCUGGCUUUUAAUAUCAGCUCAAUAUUUUCAGGUCUAACCCUAACAUGUGUGUCUAUAGUUGACUUCAUUUCUGUUUACCUUGUUGCUGAUAGCAGGCACUGAAUUGGACUAUGGAAACGGCAUGUUUUGAUCGGUCUAUCUCUACAUGUCUUGACGUUAAGCCCUUCGGCCUGGAGACAGUGUAUGUUGCCGUAGCAACAAAUGGGUUAAAGGGUUAUUUUCCUUUAAAGGACAAACCACAGUGGGGAAGAAACUGCUCCGUUUACCAGUUACUUCACAAGUUUAACCUGGGUCUAUGCACAGACUGUGUGAGCUUGUGUGUUUGUGGACAUACUGUUAAAAGUGUGUGUGUGUGUGUGUUUGUGUGUGUGAAUGCUUUGUGAGAGAGGUCAAAUGUUAAACUGUACUCUAGUCAAUGAAGAAGAAAAGAAGGUUUUGCAGACUGUUCACAUGUUUGGUAUGUUAAUUUAUAUUUCUUCUUUAUUUGGGCUUGUCUUGAGGUUCUCACGGGGGACGUUAUCGCCACGAAAAAUGUUUUUAAGCUGUUUGAAAAGGUUUUUAAAAAAAGCAAAAGCAGAAUUAUAGAUGAAAUUCGAGGCCGUCGACAACCACACAGCUGGAAACUUUACUUAUUUCAUCCAGUCGGUUAAGGGAAUUUUAAGGGGACAAAAAGUUUAUUUAGCUAAAGAUUAGAAAAAUAUAUAUGAAUGAAAUUCUAUGUUUGCAUACUUUCUAUGCUAUUUUCAUAUAUGGGGUUCACACUAAUGAUGACAAACGGAAAGGAAUCUCAAGUGCUUUUUACUACAGUGUAACUUAUUUGUUUCGAUUUGAUUUUUACCACCUGUGUUUUUAGUAAUGAUUUACGAAGCACUGUAUAUUAAAGUUUUAAAAUAUU